AUGGAUAGAAUGGACAGUUCAGACGAAGAGAUUGAGAAUAUUUCAGACGAAGAGUUCGAAGGGGAUGAUGAUGAAAUUGAAAGUAUAAAUUCACCAUUAAGACAAAAUUAUAUAGUAGGAAAUGAAAUUGGAAGGGGUGCAUUUUCAAUUGUUAGAGAAGCAACACGUAGAUCUACAGGUGAAAAAGUUGCAAUCAAGAGUAUCAACACCAGAUUUAUUAAAAACAAGUUAUUAAUGAGAGAAAUAGAAAUUAUGAAAAAAGUGGGUGACCAUCCAAAUAUUUUAAAGUUAUACGAAGUUUAUGAAACAGAUAAACAUCUUCAUUUGGUUUUAGAAUUGGUUUUAGGUGGUGAAUUGUUUGAUAAAAUUGUACAAAGAGGCGAAUAUUCAGAACAAGAUGCAUCAAAGAUCGUUAGACAAAUAGUUUCGGCUGUAGGCCAUUUACAUGCUAAUGGUAUUGCACAUAGAGAUUUAAAACCACAAAAUUUAUUAUGUGCCGGUGAAGAAGGUGAUGAUAUUAGAGUAGCAGAUUUUGGGCUUAGUAAAAUUUUUGGUGAUGGUGAUUAUUUAGAGACUUGUUGUGGCUCACCAGAAUAUGUAGCACCAGAAGUAUUAGAAUGUAAACCAUACGAUAAAGCAUGUGAUUUAUGGAGUGUCGGUGUUAUCACAUAUGUUUUAUUAACAGGUUGUUUCCCUUUCUGGGACAAAAACAAUGCCGUUUUAUAUGAAAAGAUUAGAAACGUCGAUUAUGGUUGGCCAGAGGGUUUAGAAGUUUCCAAUGAAGCAAAAGAUUUAGUUUCCCACCUUAUCGAAAAGAAUCCCGAAAGGAGAUUUACUUAUGAACAAUGUUUAGCUCAUCCAUGGGUAAAUGGUACAGGCGUCAGUAUGGUUAAGAAGAUUAAGCCAUUUAUUCAACAACAAAAUCCAAACCAAAGAUAUUAAAACAAAAAAAGCAAAUUAAUAUUUGACCAUUAAUAAUAAUAAUAUAAUAGAUUUACUCUAUAUCAUGCCAUAAUUCUAAAAUAAUUAUAUAAUUAAUAAAAAAAAAAUAUAAAACU